AUGACUGUCAUUUGCGUACCUCCCACACCCACUGUCCGACAUGGCAUCUCGACUGCCAAACCACUCGCUCACACCGUUCUACCCCAAAAAAGGAAAGUCCGAUUCAGUGAACGAGUAAGAGUCCGACGUCGCACUCAAACUCCUCUCACCAAGGAAGAGUUUCACGCCACCUGGUUCACAGCCGAGGAACUAUACGAUCGCAGAAGGAAGGACAAGAAGCUCAGAUACGCCAUUGCCCGUCAACCUGAGGCAUUUAGCACUGAGCAAAUGCUCGUCCUUGGAUUGUACACUGAGGAUGAACGCCGUCAACGAAACAAGCGUGCACUUCACGCACAAGCCUUUGUUCUUUCUCAACAACAAUCGAUGGAUGUGGACACUGGAAGCGAGUCUGAUGAUUCUUCCACUUUCACCACGUCCACUUACAGCAGCUACGCUUUUCAGUGUGAAGCAGCCGCCUCUGAGGCUCACUUGCGGGCAGUCCAACAUACCACCCAUGUCCAGACCAUUGACAACGAAGAUGCCGCAUCCGAACCCGACAUGAGCCAAGAGCUCGUUGUCAGUCCUGAAGCUGCUCUACCAAAACUGCCAACCAUAAAAAUUCCGAAGAUGAAUCCGCCUCAAAACCAGCUUGGGAUAUGGGCCGUUUGUGCCUGA